AUGCUAAGUUUUGCUCGCUUUAUAACUAGAACUGCGGCUACUACAAAACCAUAUUUGUUGCGUCAGAUCGCUACAACUUCUGUACUUGAUGGCAAAUUUUUUGCUGACAUAGAAGAUAAACGUGUAGAUCAGCAUUACAUGGAUGUUUUCAACGAUCCAAAUAUUGAUGGUUUUUUUUUGCGAGGAGCUAUGCAAGAUUUAUAUGAAUUGGAUAUGGUUCCUGAUCCAGACAUUUGUGAUGCAGUACUUCGUGCCUGCAGACGUGUAAACGAUUUUGCACUUGCAAUACGUUUCAUCGAAUCUUUGAAAGAAAAAUGUAUUCUUAGACGGUGGACACAUAAAUGGUUGAUGGAUAAGAUUAAACCAACAAUGGAUGAAUUAGGUAUUCCAACGUUAGAGGAAAUGAAUUAUGAUAAGCCUGAACUCUUUAUACCUAUGUCUGAUUGGUGGUGGGAACGAAAAUGGUACAAAGAAUAUGGAUUUGAUAAGCAUGGUUAUGAGUAUUAA